AUGAAAACUCUCGGAAUUCUUCUCAUUCUGAUGGGUACUGUCUACAAUACUCCACCAUUUCAUACAUUAUACAAUAGGAUGAUCAAGGAUUUUAUGAAUGGUAUCGUCUUGGCUGCUGAGCGGAAUGAGACGGACCUUAUCACCGAAAUUUUUCAAUUGUCAGAUGAAAGUGGCAAGAAAACCGCGCUGGAAUUGAUUCAAAUAUUGAAAAUGAUAAAAUUCGACGUAAUUUCUGUCAAAUCCUCUUCCGAUCACCAAACUCUCGAAGCUAGAAUGAUCAUAUCCGGUCGAAUUGAAAAAGUGUUCCCGAAGUUUUCCACUACCUGGUUUUUGAAAAGAAUUUGA